UACAUAACAAAUAAGGUACCUGUUAGAUAAGCCCACAAUCAUAGAUAUAUAGGUAUUACAAAAAACCUUAGGUAUACUUAAAAUAGGUAAUUGUUUGAUAAUAAUUAUAAAACAAUUUUUCCAGUAAUUUUAGUUGUUUACAAUUUUUUUACUAAUAUUUAGUAGGUACUUACUUACCUACCCACUAAAACAAUUGAUAAUCUUUUAGGAACUAAAAAUUGUAAACUUCUAUUUGAUGAUAUUAAGUUAACUUUUAUAAAUAACAAAUGAGAAUCUAUACUUACAAACUUCGAGAAAUUAAGCUUCUUCACUACAUAUAAAUAAUUAGACAUUACCUACCUUGAAAUUAUUGGCAGUUGAAACUGUGGUGGAAACCAUAGUUAGUUGGCAAUGUUGGCUCACAGAGCAAAGUCUAGUGCAAAGAGUAAGAAGAGAUUAGUGAAAGGGAACACGUAGGCAGGCAGGAAGUUAUAAAUUCAAUGUCAAAUAGGUACAUCGUGUUAUUGUAUCUUUGGAACGAAACUUUAUUUAAUCGUAUUCCAUGUUCCAGUGAUUUUAUCGAUGUCGAUAUCUUUUAGGAUCUUUCCUUAUUUGUGGUGUCCCGCUAAAACGAAAGCUUUGAACGCCUCGGGCUUCAGUGUUGUGCGAGUUGUGUGACGCCAUUAUUUUCAGUUUUUUUUUUUUGUAUGGGAGAUGGGAGUGUGAUUUUGUUUGAGCCAGCUAAUAAAAGUAAAAGAAAAUGUUCCCCGACAUGGCUCCAAGCUCCAAGCACACAAUAAAAUGGUGGAAAAAACCAUAGUCUAGUCUAGCCUCUAUAAAACUACUUCUACCUAUUUUGUCACGGCCGCUACUCUGAAACGCUGUUUACGUAGUAGUUUCGAAUCUAUCUGUCAUCGUCGCUCAUGCUGGCAUCUCCCUGUGCGCGGGAGGGAUGGCAACAUUUGAAAUAUCGAUUAUCGUUUUUCGGAAUAACCCCGCAGUCACUUGACCAGUGUCGGGCAUAGACAAUUUACGAUGAAUCGCCAUGAUUCUGUUGGUACGCGGAAUUUAUUGGAACUAAAAUUUAUUAGGUAUUUUGACAUAUUUUGGUUACACACUAGCGCCACUAAAAGACUUCUUUUCCGAAUGGGAUAAUAUCUUGUUUUUGUGUUUUGUGUGCGCUUUCAGAUUUCAAUUAAAAUCAAUAAGAUCUAUUAUAAAUUGUUAAAAAUGGCUGGACAAGAUGAAACUAAACACAAUGAAGACGAAGUUGCGCCUGAAAACGAUGUAGACAUCACAGACCCAGAACAAGAUAACGACGAGAACAUGAGUGAAGAAUACUAUUUACUAGACACGAAACUUGAUGAACUAAAUACGGCUUUGGAUUUCUUAGAAAAAAGAACGGAUGACAUUCAUGAAAAAUUGAAAGAACUUUUACAAUCUAAUAGAAGUAUUAGAGAAGAAUUAAGAAACGAAAAUUUGAAGUCCAUUGAAAAGUAAUAAUGGCAACUGAUUACCUAUUUGGGUUACUACUGAAAUGUACGGUAUUAUCGAUUUAAAAAAAUAUGUGAUUGUAUGUAUUAUCGAUAUUAUUUUCAUUUAUCAUUGUAGCAAUGUGAUACACUUACCUGAUUAUUUACUUUUAUGAAAAUUGUUGUUUAAUAAAUAAUUCUAACCACUA